UCGCAGGCCAAUCACAGGCUCCUGCCGUCCACUUUAGUCCAUCCGACCCCCAACGGUCCAAGCCAGAGCAGGCAAAGCGGCAUGCCGCUGCGCCGCACCACGACAGAAUCAGACCAAGCUCUGAACUCCCAACAUGCCGGAAUGACGGGAUGGCGGGUUCAAUCUGGGGGGGGGGAGCCAAGAGGCUUUGAGCGCCACGAUUUCCAUUCGCCGGUUCCUACCUGCGUCCCCUCUCUCUCACACACCACUCGCCGUGGUGUUUCCUUUCUCCUUUUCUGCCCACCACUAUUAUUAUUUUAUUUUGUUUUUGAUCGGGCUGGGCUUGCUUCGCUUCGCCUUGUUACCGACUGCCCUUUCCCGCGCUCUUUCGGGAGCGUAAAGCCGCGGGCGCAGAGAAGGAAAAUGAGCUCUAAACGUUCGCCGCAGUCGCCGCCUCCGCCCCGGUACCAUGACGGCCUGAUCCUAAACGAAGAGGCAUUAAAGAUCUACCCCGAGCUUGUGCCCACGCCUCCACCACGAGUCCACCAUGAUAGCCCCGCCUCUCAAGCGCCCAUCGCCAGUCGCGCAUCACAACCCAACGGCCGCGACUGGGACACCGGCUUACAUCCCAUCGAGAAGCGCCGGCACCGGGCCGCCCUGUUCUGGAAGCGGCCCAUCGUCUGGGUCGUUGUCGUGGCCGCCAUAAUAAUCGUCGUGCUCGCCGGCAUUCUCGGCGCCGUCGCCUCGGGGAAGAUUAAGAUAGCGUCGCUUGCGAGGUGAGUUUCCAGCUUCACCUGUCGUCUAGCUCCCGUCUUUGGCUCCGGUCCUCGGCUCCGGUACCCCCCUCGCAGAUACCUUCCCCCGUCGUCAUGGAUAAGGAGGAGGUUAAUGGAGCCUGGACCCAUCGCUCGUUGACUUGAACAUGGGCUUCCCAAACUGACACACAUGACCCCCA